AUGUCGCAAACCAAGCCAGUAAUCGCCAUCGUCCCUGGCGGGUUUUGCAGCCCCGAUGUUUACGCUAAAGUCGCAGAUAUACUGCAAAACGACGGCUUCGAGGCCAUUGUUCCGCGGCUCAAAGUGACCGAAAGCCUGCCGUCAAAGGACCCCACAACGAAGGAAUUCAAGGACCUUGCGAACAAAGAUCUUCCGGACGAUGUGCAGGCAAUACUCGCUGACUUGACGCCCUUGCUAGACCAAGGCCGCAAGGCGCUCAUUGUCGGGCACAGCUACGGAAGUUUGCCUGCCCUGCUAACAACUCAGGGACAGACUGUUGAGGAGCGGUCGGCUAAAGGGCUGCCGGGAGGCAUAAAGGCGUAUGCCGUGGUUGCUGGAUUCGCAUAUGGGACGCGUGGACGCAACGUAAGGGGAAACUUGGAAGAUGCGCCCGCACUGUCUUAUUUUGUUCAUGAGGAAGGUAUUUUCCACAUCCAGCCUGCAGCAAAGCCUCUUUUCUUCAGCGACCUUCCAAGCGAGGAGCAGGAUUCGGCAUGGACGAGUGUUCUAGGAAGUCAAAGUCGGAAAAGUCUGGGGUAUGUCUCCGAAUUCAUCACCACGGAUUUACGGGUUCCAAAGACAUACAUCCUCUGCGAAAAGGAUGAAGUUGUUCCACCAGCGGUCCAAGAAAGAUUUGCUGCAAUGGGAAAAUUUGAUCAGGUGGAGAUGCUCCCUACGGGGCAUUUCCCUUUUCUGAGCAGCCCGGAGAAGACAGCAGAGCUUCUCAAUCUAAUAGCUACGCGGUAG